AUGAAGCCUUGCAGAUCGCGUCCCAAAUCCUACAAUUCCUUCGGUAUUUCUCAAAGUUCGGCACAAAGCAUUCUCAGCCAGACUUUGUCUAAUCAUGGAAGAGGAUUCAUCGACUGGAACAUCGCUGCAGCACUUGCAUCAGCUUUCUCACAGCUUCUUGUACAAUCAGGAGCCGUAACAGCUGGUCAGGAAUACAGUAUUGGACAAAGCGUUGGUUCCAACCUGUCGUCGGUUCUGCAACAGCUACAGUCCCAAAUAACACGACCUGCUCCAGCUCCUGCACCGCGUCCUCUACCGGCCCACGCCCUGCCCCUGCUUCUUCAUAGCACAGCAGACGCAACAAGCGGCUUCUCUAGCAGCGCAUACCGCCGCAUCCACUGCUACGACGUCCCAGGCGCUUCAAACGUCCAGCGCAUCACGUUUACAGCAGCCACUUCCCAAACGUCUUCAGCAGUUUUCCUAGCGUCCCAAAUCCUUACAAAUUCCUUCGGUAUUUCUCAAAGUUCGGCACAAAGCAUUCUCAGCCAGACUUUGUCUAAUCAUGGAAGAGGAUCAUCGACUGGAACACUCGCUGCAGCACUUGCAUCAGCUUUCUCACAGCUUCUUGUACAAUCAGGAGCCGUAACAGCUGGUCAGGAAUACAGUAUUGGACAAAGCGUUGGUUCCAACCUGUCGUCGGUUCUGCAACAGUUACAGUCCCAAAUAACACGACCUGCUCCAGCUCCUGCACCGCGUCCUCUACCGGCACCACGCCCUGUCCCUGCUUCAUUCAUAGCACAGCAGACGCAACAAGCGGCUUCUCUAAGCAGUGCAUCAUCUGCUGCAUCCACUGCUACGACGUCCCAGGCGCUUCAAACGUCCAGCGCAUCACAGUUUACAGCAGCCACUUCCCAAACGUCUUCAGCAGUUUCCGUGAGUAAUGAAGCUUUGCAGAGUGCAAUCAUUUCGAACAUAGCGUCUUCGAGCGCACUAAAUGCAAUAAGUACAGGACAACUUUCUGUGCAAAAUCUCAUUUCAGUCGCGUCCCAAAUCCUUACAAAUUCCUACGGUAUUUUUUCUCAAAGUUCAGCCAAAGCAUUCUCAGCCAGGCUUUGUCUAAUCAUGGAAGAGGAUCAUCGACUGGACACUCGCUGCAGCACUUGCAUCAGCUUUCUCACAGCUUCUUGUACAUCAGGAGCCGUAACAGCUGGUCAGGAAUACAGUAUUGGACAAAGCGUUGGUUCCAACCUGUCGUCGGUUCUGCAACAGCUACAGUCCCAAAUAACACGACCUGCUCCAGCUCCUGCACCGCGUCCUCUACCGGCACCACGCCCUGCCCCUGCUUCUUUGAUAGCACAGCAGACGCAACAAGCGGCUUCUCUAAGCAGCGCAUCAUCCGCCGCAUCCACUGCUACGACGUCCCAGGCGCUUCAAACGUCCAGCGCUCACAGUUACAGCAGCCACUUCCCAAACGUCUUCAGCAGUUUCCGAGCCGUAACAGCUGGUCAGGAAUACAGUAUUGGACAAAGCGUUGGUUCCAACCUGUCGUCGGUUCUGCAACAGCUACAGUCCCAAAUAACACGACCUGCUCCAGCUCCUGCACCGCGUCCUCUACCGGCACCACGCCCUGUCCCUGCUUCAUUCAUAGCACAGCAGACGCAACAAGCGGCUUCUCUAAGCAGCGCAUCAUCGCCGCAUCCACUGCUACGACGUCCCAGGCGCUUCAAACGUCCAGCGCAUCACAGUUUACAGCAGCCACUUCCCAAACGUCUUCAGCAGUUUCCGUGA